UGCCGGAAGCCUUCAGUGUGUCCAAAAUGGCUUACCAGACACUACAACAGGAGUAUUUACAGAUUCCUGUUGUUACCAGAGCAUACACAACGGCCUGCGUCCUUACAACCGCUGCAGUGCAACUAGAGAUCAUCACACCAUUUCAACUGUACUUCAAUCCAGAUUUGAUUCUCAGGAAUUACCAGGUAUGGCGACUAAUAACCAACUUCCUGUUUUUCGGUCCAGUUGGCUUCAAUUUCCUGUUCAAUAUGAUUUUUCUGUACAGAUACUGCCGUAUGUUAGAGGAGGGCUCCUUCAGGGGCCGCACGGCUGACUUCGUCUACAUGUUCCUCUUCGGUGGGCUUUUGAUGACCAUAUUUGGGAUCUUCGUGAACCUGGUGUUCCUGGGUCAGGCCUUCACCAUCAUGCUCGUGUACGUGUGGAGUCGAAGGAACCCAAACGUUCGCAUGAAUUUCUUUGGGCUGCUGAACUUCCAGGCUCCGUUCCUGCCCUGGGUACUGAUGGGAUUCUCCCUUCUGCUGGGCAACUCCAUCAUCGUGGAUCUAUUAGGUAUUGCUGUCGGUCAUGUGUACUUCUUCCUGGAGGAUAUUUUUCCCAACCAGCCAGGUGGUGGACGGUGGCUCAGGACCCCACUGAUCAUAAAGAUGCUGUUCGACACUCCAGAGGAGGAUGCUAACUACAACCCCCUCCCCGAGGAGAGGCCAGGAGGAUUUGCCUGGGGAGAAGGACAGCGCCUCGGAGGUUAACUAUGCACCUGGUACCACCCCUGAUUGUUGGAUCACCUCCACGGGCCUUUCCUCAGAGAUGAAGGGGUCAAACAUGCUCUCUGUUAGACAUGUUUGUUUCCUGCUGGAUGAAGAAUGCUGCAUAACCAGAGCUGGUUUGGAGAUGAGGGUUUGCCGUCUGUGUAUGUGGGCUUUAAUCAUCCUCAGAAACUCUUCUUGAUGUCAGAUCAUCACGCUGAGGCUGUAUCUGAGAAAACACAAGCCUCGGACUUGGACAAACUUCGGACAAUGAGUCUUUAGGCUCAGAUGAUGUUUGUCUUUAUCUGGAAAAAAUAUUGACAUACAGCUGUAUGAAAGAAGACAAUAGAUGGCAUUUAAAUAUAAAAUUGAAUUUAUUGAGUUGGCAAUUGCAUCUUUCUUUUUCAUUUCACUUUUUAAAAGAAUAAAUGUGUACUGCAAGUC